CUUGACGCCUUUUUCAUAACGGAGGAGGCGAAGGAAAGAAGGGUGAAUAGCAGAAAAGGUGAUAACAUCAGCGGGACAAACAUCUCGGUCUCUAGUUAUUUUAUUCGAUAUAUACCUGGAAAAUAUGUUUUCCCUUUCGACGACGUUCCAGGCACAGGCAAGUGUCUCCCUGAGCCACCUCCUGAACACUCUCCAUUCCCUGACGAGUUCAGCCAGCUCCUCCAUUCAGAGUCUCCAGAGGGAAAGGAGUCAAGAGCUGGACCUGCCCUCCAGCGAGCCGACGUUGAGCCUGAGGGAGCUGGGCUUGGCAGACCUGAGAGCAGGACAGCUGGACCAGCUCGUGAGCAGCCUGCUGCCUGGGCCAAGUUCUGUGGAGAUCCCCACCAUCGCCCCUGUUUGUCACAACUGGAGGACGUCCCAUGUCUCCACAGACUCCUUUUUCAGGAACAAACAUGGGUUCUCCCACCGAACAGGGAGUGUGUUUGGCACUCAUGUGCUGUGCAGACAGAGCCCCUCCCCUCUACAGGCCGUAUGUUCAGAUCUGCAGCAGUGGUCAGUGUUGAUCCAGAGCCGAGGUUUUAAAACAUUGAAAUCCAAAACAAGACGGCUACAGGCUGGCUAUGAGCGGCCUGCAGAACCAGAUGGCUACACUCCAGCCUUCAUGAAGGGUCUCCUGAUGAGGGACAAGGUGCCUGAGACGGAGAGCGUAGACAAGCUGGUGAAAAUGAAGAACCUCCCAGAGAUGCAGCACGAUGCCUAUAAGUCCGGAUUUGCCGAGGGAUUCUUAAAAUCCCAGGCUCUGAUCCUGCGAAAGGAAGAGACUUUCAAGAGGAUACGGCUAAGUGUUCUGCUUAUCUUCUUGGCGCUGGGUUUGUACGGAAUCUUUGGAAUCCCCUUAUCAGUGCGGUUCCGUACUGCGACAGGGCUGGACGCCGCAGUGGACCCCAUCCAGAUGAAGAAUGUGACAUUCGAGAACGUGAUGGGGGUGGAUGAGGCUAAGAACGAGCUGCAGGAGGUGGUGGAGUUCCUCAGGAGCCCUGAUAAGUUCACUGCCCUUGGCGGGAAGCUCCCCAAAGGAAUCCUGCUGGUGGGACCGCCGGGCACUGGGAAGACCCUGUUGGCACGGGCUGUGGCAGGAGAGGCAGACGUCCCCUUCUACUACGCGUCAGGCUCAGAGUUCGACGAAAUGUUUGUGGGAGUGGGGGCAAGUCGCAUCAGAGCCCUCUUCAAGGACGCCAAAGCCAGUGCGCCGUGCGUGAUCUUCAUCGACGAGCUGGACAGUGUCGGGGGGAAGAGGAUAGAGUCCGCCAUGCACCCGUACUCCAGACAGACGAUUAACCAGCUUCUCGCUGAGAUGGAUGGGUUCAAACCAAAUGAAGGGGUCAUCGUCAUCGGAGCCACCAACUUCCCAGAGGCCCUGGAUAACGCGUUGGUGAGGCCUGGGAGGUUUGACAUGCAGGUGACGGUCCCCCUGCCCGACCUGAAGGGACGCACCGAGAUCCUGCGCUUAUACCUGCAGAAGGUUAAAGUAGACUCCGCCAUUGAGGCAGCGGUCAUCGCCAGAGGAACUGUGGGAUUCUCCGGGGCGGAGCUGGAGAACCUGGUCAACCAGGCUGCCCUCAAGGCGGCAGUGGACGGGAAAGACAUGGUCACCAUGAAGGAGCUGGAGUUUUCCAAAGACAAGAUUCUCAUGGGCCCAGAACGCAGGAGUGUGGUGAUCGACAAAAAAAACAAAACCAUCACAGCGUACCAUGAAUCCGGACACGCCAUCGUCGCUCUCUUCACCAAAGACGCGAUGCCCAUCAAUAAAGCUACAAUCAUGCCACGGGGCCCCACCCUCGGCCAUGUGUCGAUGCUCCCGGAGAACGAUCGCUGGAGCGAGACACGCUCUCAGCUGCUGGCGCAGAUGGAUGUCAGCAUGGGCGGCAGGGUGGCCGAGGAGCUCAUAUUCGGGAACGAGUACAUUACCACAGGUGCUUCCAGUGAUUUUGACGGUGCCACUAGAAUCGCAAAGAUGAUGGUGACCAAGUUUGGGAUGAGUGACAAGCUGGGAGUGAUGACCUACAAUGACCUGUCCAAACAAAGCCCAGAAACUCAAGCUGCUAUUGAGCAGGAAGUCCGAGUGCUGCUUAAGGACUCGUACGAGCGCGCCAAGAGCAUCCUGAAGACCUACAACAAGGAGCACAGGAACCUGGCCAACGCGCUGCUGACCUACGAGACGCUGGACGCCAAGGAGAUUCAGACGGUGCUGGAGGGGAAGAAGCUGGAGCCCAGAUGAUGGACGUCUCUCCGCACAGCAGGGCGGGGUUCCAGCCGGGGGUUUUUUUCCUUUCUGUAAAUAAAUACGUAUGCACCGCAGCGAUGGAGCCUUGAGAAGAAAAGCAGGAAGUCUGUCCACCCGUAGAUUAUGACUUUUUUUUUAUUUAUUUUUUAUGUGUGUGUGUAUAUAUAUAUAUAUAUAUAUAUAAUCAAAUGGGUUUUUUGUUUUUUUUGCUCCACCUUUCUGUACCAGAAGGUUUCCAGGACGCUUCCCUUCUAAGUCCACAAUAUCUCCAGCACAGCCCAGUGACUGAACCUCCACAAUGUGCAACAGCCCCCACCCUCCUUUUCUCUAGUGGUCCGUUUCUCAGUCCUUGUAAGCACUGCACUGGAAGUGUUUGCUGCUCUUUCCAUGAGUUUGUGUGCUAUAGGCUCCAGAGAAAAAGUGCAAUAAAUGUCCCAGCUCAACUUGCAGUGUUAGAGUAUCAUCAGUCUGUCCUCUUCCCUCUAGUUUGGCUCGGGGUCCUGUGGGGGGUGCAGGGGAUGUGGGGUGUUUGGCCACGCAGGUAGGGUGAGGAGGUUGUACAUCGCAAUGUCCAGUUUAGGAAGGAUAUAAUACAAUGUGUAUAAUACAAUGCCAUAUUAAAGCCAGCCAGUCAUUUUCUAUUUAGCACUUAAGGUAAGGAAAUCACUUAUGGGGUGGUUUUUAUGUCUAGGGUGUGAAAUUUAUUUUUUCCCCCGAUUUUUUUGGUGGGGUGGGUUUGUGAAAGAAACUACUUUAAAGUGCUGUUUCUUUUUUCGACAUAUCUUUAACAGUUGUGUACGUCACUUCUAAAAUGUGAUAUACAACUGUUCAAAGUAAUUUACAUUCACGCUGGCAGGUCCACUGUUUGGCCAGUCUCCUGUAGAUAAGAAGGUUUUGGAAAUGCAUUCAUAUGUGUACAGACUUCAGAUUUGAUUUGAGGGCCAUUAUUUUGAACGGCAUCAAUUUUUUGAAGAGAGGACUUUGUAGGGAAACAAAUGCUGCAUUCCUGAUCAAAACUAAAGACAAAGUCAAGAGUAAGUCACUCUUUCGGGGACACCUGAACAGGCAAACAGUUUUUGCUGGAGCUAUUCUUUUAUCCUGCGUGUAACUUAUUUAUGUACUUUGGACUUCAUUUGGCCUCAAUUACAGGUUUUUACAUUUUCGUGUCUGCUUUGACUGUACCCAGACCUGCCUGUGUAGGCAGCCUGUAUAUAAGUGUAUGUCAGGAUUGUCUGUUUUAUGUGCUGCCUUGUUUGGUUUUUAAAUGAACUCCCUGUGCUCUCAUGUUUGUCUGAUUAAAAAAAAUAAAGAAAUAAAUAGAGAUUUGAAGUUUGAAUAAAGCAUAUUCUAGCAAA